CCCGCCCGCUGCCCCUGCCAGUAGCUGGUGAGGGUUCCUGCUCUAGCCCAGGGGGGUGGAUUAUUAUGGAGAACUAUUAUUGAAGAGAGAUCCAUUUGUUGGCAUGUAAUAAAAAAAGAAUGAAUCAAGAUAAAACCUCUAAAUGCAAGUACCAGAAAAAUUACAACGCAUCACAGUGAAUUUGCAAGUGGUAUAGAAGUAUCUUAACUUUAAGAGUCUCAUUAUUAACACUCAACUGAAAAAAGCCUUGAUAGUAAUAAGAUUAAUUGGUCUUCAUUCAACAAAUUUAAUUAUGUUGGAUUGUCUUUCCUGUGGGUUGGCAGGCAGUUGUAGGACUGCAAAAUGGGUCUCCGGAUUCACUUUGUUGUUGACCCACAUGGUUGGUGCUGCAUGGGUUUGAUUGUCUUUGUCUGGUUAUACAAUAUUGUUAUAAUUCCCAAAAUUGUCCUCUUUCCUCACUAUGAAGAAGGACAUAUUCCAGGCAUAUUAAUAAUAAUAUUCUAUGGCAUAGCCAUAUUUUGUCUGGUUGCCUUAGUAAGGGCCUCAAUAACUGAUCCAGGAAGACUCCCUGAAAACCCUAAGAUCCCACAUGGAGAAAGGGAGUUCUGGGAAUUAUGUAACAAGUGUAAUUUGAUGAGACCAAAGCGUUCCCACCACUGCAGCCGCUGCGGCCACUGUGUUAGGAGAAUGGAUCAUCACUGUCCAUGGAUUAACAAUUGUGUUGGUGAAGAUAAUCAUUGGCUUUUUCUGCAAUUGUGUUUCUACACUGAACUUCUUACUUGCUAUGCACUGAUGUUUUCUUUCUGCCACUAUUAUUACUUUCUUCCAUUAAAAAAGCGUAACUUGGACCUCUUUAUUGUUAGACAUGAAUUGGCCAUAAUGAGACUAGCUGCCUUUAUGGGCAUUACUAUGUUAGUUGGAAUAACUGGACUCUUUUAUACUCAACUAAUUGGCAUCAUCACAGAUACAACAUCUAUUGAAAAGAUGUCAAACUGUUGUGAAGAAAUAUCGAGGCCCCGAAAGCCAUGGCAGCAGACCUUCUCAGAAGUUUUUGGCACUCGUUGGAAGAUCCUGUGGUUUAUUCCUUUCAGGCAGAGGCAACCACUGCGAGUUCCCUACCACUUUGCCAAUCACGUCUAAACAGAUGGAUGGUGGGCACAGAUGGGUCCUCCAUGCUGGAAAUGCGUUACAGGUUUUCUGAUAAUAGAACGAUGACAGUCUUCAAGUCAAUUAAAAUCCACCCACCAAUCUUAGGCAUCAUAAUGUGCCCCAGGCUUCAUUUUAAUAGUGAUCUUGAUCCUGUUGUGGGACUAACACAAGAUCUAUAUUUAAGUUUCAAAGCAUGUUUACUUUCAAAUUAGCUUUCCACGGGGAUUUCUUAAAGUGCUUUUGUUAUUAAACUCAAAAGGCAGUGAUUGGGAUGAAAUAAUUGUACAUAAUUUCUUUUAGCACUGACAAUAUUACAGAUUUUAAUUUAUGGGAAUUUUCAGAUGUUUAUUUAAAAUUUUCACUCUUGAGCAGUACUAAUCAAAUCUGAAUUUAAUUCUUCAGCUUUUACAAAAGGUUUUACACCUUAUAUGUGAAAUUUCUUUUUCAAGUACAGUUUAAAAUAUGUUAAUACUUUUAUAUAUGCUGCAAGAUUUUUUUUAAUGCAGCAUGGGAUUGAACAACAAAAAAAAGGGCAGUGUUUUCUUAGUAGCUUUCUAAUGUUUUCUCUUCACCAAAAACAAAAUACCACUAAAAUAAAGCACCAACUAUCUACCUUAUGUUAAAGGAAAGAUGAAAUGUUUUUCCAUGUUAAUUUUUCUGUUUCUUUCCCCCGUACUGUUGUAAGCAUUGAUUGUUGUUAAUAUAUUUGUUCCGAGGAGAAAACUUUGACUAAGUGGGCAUGUAUUCCUAUUUUACCCUAAGAUUUUGGUGAGCAAAUGGAUAGAGAAUUUGCAAUAAUUCCACAGAUAUCUUUUCUAGUGCAGUUAUACCAGAAUGUGUGUUUUUAAAAUGCUAAUAUAACUAGAAAAUAUAUAAUGUACAGUAUAAAGAGGAAUAUUGUGCUUUUGAAAAAUAUAUAUACUUUUUGCUUUUAUUUA